UGGUUGCUAGGGGUGUUGGAACCGGAAACGGACAGAAGCGUCCCUGGACGCUCCAUCAGCGGGUUCUGUUUUCAUAUGUUGUUGUUUUGCUAGCAGACCCAGUGAAACCAUUCUACUCAUUUGUAAGGGAAAAUGUCGAUAAUAAUCGCGCUUGACUGAUCUUUCCCUUACUGGGAUAGGAGAGUAACUUGUAGUUAGUAACCAUGACAGCAGCUGCUGCUCUGCAGAUUGGAGACCAGCUGAUCCUGGAAGAGGACUACGAUGAGAACUAUAUCCCCUCUGAACAAGAGAUCCACGAGUACGCACGAGAGAUUGGCAUUGAUCCCAAUCGGGAGCCCGAGCUCCUAUGGCUGGCCAGAGAGGGCAUUGUUGCCCCACUGCCUCCCGAAUGGAAACCCUGUCAGGACGUGUCGGGGGACGUGUACUACUUCAACUUCUCCUCGGGCCAGUCCACCUGGGACCACCCGUGUGACGAGCAAUACCGCAGCCUGGUAAAUCAGGAGCGAGAACGAGCUGGCACCCAGCCUCAUGGGCCCCCCAUCACCGCCGCUAAAAAGGAGAAGAAAAAGAAAAAAGACAAGAAGGAGAAAAAGAAGAAGGCAAAAGACCAAGAGCUUCUGAAGCCACCAGGACCAUUAAGCUUGACCCUCGGGCCACUGCAGGCCCCGUUGGGGAGCCUGGCUCCUUUACGGGGUCUUGAUGGCCCGGCCUUGAGGGGGUCCCUGAGCAGCUCUGGAGGGCUGGAGCCCCUGAAGAGUCCCCUUGGGGGUCCUCUCUCAAGCCUCGGGUCCAGUCUGCUGGGAGGGCGACAGGAGGAGCAUGUGGCUUUCUCUCCGCCUGGGUUCGAGGAUGACGAGGAUAACAUCUCAGAGGAUGAGCAGCCGAGUCGUCGUGGCUCGGCCAGACUGUUACAGAACCUGCACCUGGACUUGGAUGCGUUGGGAGGAGGGCUGCAGUAUGAGGACAGCGAGGCCAGUGGAGUGGCCCCACCAGAGGGGAAGACAGAAGCAGAGCUACGAGACCUGGCCCCGUCUGGAGAGCACAGCCCUGAGUCCCCCUCUCAGCAGGACUCCCUUCGUGGACGCCACCUCCUCUCCACCCCACCACGCGGAGGCAGCAGGGACUGCAGUAGUGCUGCUGGGGUCUGCCCCCCUACCCCAGACCCCCAGCCUGCUAAAACUAGAGACAGUGGAGAGGAGGAAGAAGAUUAUGAGGAUGGGUGGGGAGUGGACAGAGAGAGUGUGGCUGAGGAGGGAGGAGGUAAAGAGGAGAACCAGAGAGAAGUAGGGCAAGCGAGUGAGAAGAAGAGAGGAGAGGAGGGGGAGGGCAAGGACGUUGAGGCCGAGGUCAGUGAGGAGGUAGAGUGUGAAGGAAAGUUGGAGGAGGGAGAGGAGGAAAGUGAUGAGGUCAUAAAGUGGUGUGUAAAAAGUGAGGAAGGGGAGGAAGAGGAGACUGGUGACGUAGUUGAGGUAAAUGUCAAUACAAAUGAGGGAGAAGGAGGAAGUGAUGAAAUGAUGGAGAGAUAUCUUGGAGAGCAAGGAGAGAGUGAUGAGGUAGUAGAGCGGUGUGUUACAAAUGAAGAACUAGAGGUGGGUCAUGACAAACAGGUGGAGGACUGCAAUGAGCUAGUUGAGAGCCAUGUUAAAAGUGAAGAGGAACCAAAAGCAGAAGAGAGUGAUGAGAGAGACACUAAAAGUGAGGAAGCAGGAGAGGAAAAAGAGGGGGAACAGGAGGAAGAGAGUGAUCAGGUAGUAGAGAGAUAUAUGAAAGAGGUGGAGGGAGGAGAUGUAGAGGAAAGUGAGAUAGUGGGCGAGAGAUGUUUCAAAAGGAAGCAUGUGGAAAGGAAGGAAGAGACUGUUAGAGACAGUAUAGAGGAGGAAGAUGAGGCAAAGGGAGAUGAGGAUAGUGAGGAAGUGAUUGAGAGGUGGUUGAAAGAGGAGGAGGUAAAAGAUGAGGCUAGGGAGGUGGUGGAGAGGUGUGAGGAAGAGGUGGAAGAUGAGGGUAAAGAGGAGGCUGGGGAGGGUGAGAGUGAGGUGGUGGAGAGGUGUGUGAAAAGUGAGGAAGAGGUGGAAGAUGAGGGUAAAGAGGAGGGUGAGAGUGAGGUGGUGGAGAGGUGUGUGAAAAGUGAGGAAGAGGUGGAAGAUGAAGGUAAAGAGGAGGGUGAGAGUGAGGUGGUGGAGAGGUGUGUGAAAAGUGAAGAAGAGGAAGGUAAAGAGGAGGGAGAGAGUGAAGUGUUGGAGAGGUCUGUGAAAAGUGAGGAAGGGGAAGAGGAGAUCGGCGAAGAGGAGGCUGAUGAGGGAGAGAGUGAAGUGGUUGAGAGAUGUGUGAAAAGUGAGGAAGGGGAGGAGGGUAAAGAUGAACCUGAGGAGCUGGAGAGUGAGGUGGUGAGGGAGAGGUGUGUGAAAAGUGAGGAAGGGGAGGAAAAUGACAAGGUCUUCACGAGAUGCUCGCUGAGUGAAAAACAGGCUAGGGAAGGGGAGGAGAGCAGGGAGGUGGAGGGGUGCUUCAAAAACGAACGAAAAGAAAUGGAAGGAGACAGUGAUGAGGUGGUGGAAAACUGCAUUCAGACCGUGCAAGCCUCACCGAAACCCAAAACAUCCGCAAGCUCAGAGGAAGUAAUCGAGAGACUCGAACAACAAACGGUCCAAGCUAAGUCACUGGGGAAGAAGAAGUUAGCAGACCUUAAACAAAGUGACAACAUGGAGGUGUAUGUGGGGAAGAAGAAGAAUGUGCCCAAACAAAGCCCUCUACCAGCAGAGCAGUCGGAGGCCAGCGAGCACAUGGAGGUGGCAUCCUCCUCCACCGAGGACCUCAAGUCUGGUUUUGGCUCCAGGUUGUCAGAGAAAGUCCUGGACCUGAAGGAUCUCUCCCCUGCUGUUAGUCCACUCCUGCAGGACAAAGUGGGGAUAGUGAAAGUCAGUGCGGAGGAGGAGAAGGAACGGAGGAAGAGGGCAGAAGCUGCAGAGAGGCGUCUCCAUGGUGCAGGCAGGGAGGAUCCAGUGAUGGAGGACAGGCCCCCCAGCCAGCCCAGUGAAUCCCAGCAGACCACAAGGUCCUCCCACUGUGAGCCGGAACCCCGACCGCGGGCCGAGGGGGUCAGCACCAGCGCCAGCCUAGGGGUGCCGGGGGUCCAGCGGCCUGACACUUCCAGAGGCCGCCUGGUUAGGAGCCCCCACGCCCACUACAAAGAGGAAGCCCCCAGACAGGGGGAGGACAGCGGAUGGGCCCAGGAGGAGGAGAGGGAGAAGGAGAGGGAGAAGGAGAGGAGGGAGACUGAGAGGAAGAUAGAGGAGGAGAAGGAGCAUGCGCUGCGGGAGAGGCAGGAGAAGGUGCGCCUCCUUCAGGAGGAGCUGAGCCGGGAGGAGGAGGAGGAGGAACAGAGGCUGAAGGAGGAGAGCAAGGAGAGGGUCAGGAGCCUGAGGGAGAGGCUCCAGAGUAAGGGGAGGGAAGAGGAGAGCAGGCUGAGUGUGGAGUCUGAAAGCAGGCUACUGGAGCUGAGGGAGAUGGCCCGGAGGGAGAGAGAGAACCAGCAACGCAACAUCAGGGAAGAGGGCGAGGCGAUGCUGAGAGAGCUGCGUGCCACCCUGGAGGCGGAGCGAGAGAGGAUAGAGGCCCAGAGGAGGCGGGAACUGGAGCGACUGAAGGAGGAGUCAGAGGAGAAGCUACAUGCGGAGAAGCGGAGACUGCUUGGGGAGCGGGAGGAGCAACUCAGCUCCCUCAAACAGGAGGGGAGAAGCAGUGCCAGUGAGAGGUGGAGGGAGUUGAAGAGCCCUCGUAGCCCAGAGCAGCAUCUAGCAGAGUACCAAAGAGAGUUGGGAGACGUGCUCCAGGAAGUGAGGGAAGAAGUGCAGCGUGAUCACGCCAGGAAGCUGGGGCAGCUCAAAGACGACCACCACCGAGAACUCGGCUCUAUCAGAGAGAGUCAUCUGGACCAGGAGGCUGUCCAAAAGGAACAGUUGCUGUGUGUCCUGCAAGAGGAGAGGGAUCGCCUGCUGGCCGCACACAGUGCCCAGCUGGAAAGACUCCGUACACAGCUAGACUCCCAGCUCUGCAAGACCCGCCAGACGCACACACGCAAGGAGGCUGAGAUUCAGGAGCUGGGGGACAGGCUGGAGCUGAGGGCCAGGGAACUGAAGAGCCAGGAGACAGCACUGAAGACCCAGGCAGCGAAUUUGAAGAAGAGGAGGCAGCAGCUUGGGGAUGAAGAGGAUGAGAUAGACAGAGGAAUCGAGGCUCUGCCUGGAGUCAUGCAGGAGAGAGAUGGACUGAGAGAGGAUCUGGUGCGGGUGGAAGGAGAGAGGGACAGGGCGAGGCAGGAGGCGGAGAGAGGGCGGGAGGAGAAGACCAACGCGAGAGAGGAGUUGGAGAGAAUGAGGGAGGAGAGGGACAAAGCGAGAGAGGAGAGCAGGAGGAUGAAGGAGGAGCGGGACCGGCUGGAGAGCAAGGUGGAGCUGCUGCAGGAGCGCUGUGAUCGGCUGGUCCGCAGAGUCAGUGAUCUGGAGCAGAGUGAGAUCAAGAGGCCUUCUACUAGACUGGACAGAACAGAGGAGAGGAAGAAGGAGAAGGAUUGUGAGGCAGCGCCCUCUGCUGGACGGGAGAAAGUGCUGCAUGUGGAACACCUGAAAGAACCUCUCUCCCCCAUCUCCAGAGACAGCGAGAGCAGCUUGGACGACUUGCAUCAGUACAUCUCCUCUGAGGGCCUGUCCCUGCAGAAGGCCCGGCGCUUCCUGGAGAGGGAGAGUGGUCGUCUGAGUGAGAGACAGGCAACGCUGCAGGCAGCGCAGGCCCAGUCCAGCUCCUCUCAGUACCCCAACACCACCAGCCACGCCCAGGCCACACAGGAGAUAUACAGGAACCUGCAGCAGGUACGUGAGGCCAGUGACGUGGAGGAGUUGAGGGCGACUGUGCAGAGGGGGAACUCGCUGCUACGCAGGAAGGAGGAGAGACUGCAACAGCUCGAGAGCUCCGUAGCUGAAGAGUUCUCCCAUCAUCACUACUAUGAUGACCAGGGCAGACUGGCUGCUGAUAGGAAGGUGACCUUUGAUGUGACUGAAUCGGAUAUGAGCAGCGUCAGCAACGGCCAUGAUGGCCCAGGUGGGGAGCCCACAGUGCCAGCUAAGGUGCAGCACUUAACCGAGUCGCUCCAGCACAUCUCUGGCCAGCUCAACACAGUCCUGGGGGCCCUGGGCUCCCUGACCCAACGCCAGACCCCUUACCAGCCUCUCCCCCUACCUCUGCCCCUCUCCCAUCCCCGAACCCCCACCUCAAUGCCUCUUUCACAGCUCUCCAUGCCUCUGUCUGGGCCCUCCUGGGCGUGGGCCCCUCACAGCACCUCCACCCCACUACGGGAUUCUGAGGACCUGCUCAAUAGCCGCUGGGCCAAGCUCUUCCCUGGGUACAGUCCUGCAAGUGAGCAGGCUCGUAGUCUGUCCUCCAUGCAGCCUAAGGCAGUGGAGAUGGAUGGCCAGAGGCUUCAGGGCCUGAUCGACGGCAACAAGAGAUGGCUGGAGACACGCAGGAAAGACCCCAGUGUACCUCUGUUCACGCGUUAUCGGACCCCCCCAACUAUGAGUGGACUGGUCCAGUUGAGCCUGGAUGACAACAACCAGAUUAAAGUGUACCAUUACUAAAGGGGGAGGGAGAAGUUACAUAAAGAGCAAGGAUCAACACAAGCAGAUAAAGCUGUAUUGUUACUGAAAAAGGGCUAAGGACAGGGGUGUGUUUUUAAAAAUGCACUUUUCAUGCAGGGUUCCCUCUAGCUCUGGUCCAGGGCGCUACUAGAGGAACCGCACUCGACUAUGUGUGGACCAAAGGAACGCCCUGGACCAGAGCUUGGAUUCCCCAUAUCAGAUUACUGUAAGAAACAUUUUAAGACAUCUGACCUCCAGUGUACUCCUCGUCCUCAGGUUUAACUGUGAUUGUGUGACAGAAGAGCGGACACGAGGGCGGUUUCAGUGGUCUCUGUAAUUUCAUUCCAUUGGCAUGCAAGGUUGAAUAGCUUGGGAGUAUGGCGACAGUAGCCCCGUAGUCAACAAAUCAGUUUGUUUGCCUCGAGCUAUUUAAAUGUUUCAAGAACAGAAUGCAUAGUUGUUACAUAUUCAAUAGGUGCUUCACUUUAUUAGGAGAGAUACCGUUGAUAUCUUACAUUUAUAAGCCUCAUAACUGAUGUGAGGUGAUAAGUGACUAAAGAUCAUUGUCAUGGUAUCAGGUUGUAAUUGUGCUGUAUGAGAAGUUCAAGCCAUACCAUAAUAACCGCUACAAGGGCAGGACAACUUGUAACGCAUUCAGUCUGUAUGAAAUUCUGGUAAGAGAGACCCUCUUCCAGUGUGUUUACUGUGCAGAUGUGUGGAAUUUUUACAGUAUUUUUAUAAAUAUUUUAAUAAAUGUAAAGUGGUGUAUAU